GAGCCUGCGAGGCGCACAAAGCAGUACCAACCUCGGUAUGCAUCGCUCAUUCUUCGAGCAAAGAAGUUCGAAUGGGCGACAGACACUGGAACCGAUCAUGGAUCAGAAGCCAUUACACAUUUUCCAGAAAGGGCGGUGAACUGUCUACAAAUAUGCGCCCAACUUUGCUUGCUGGUCACCAGACUCGCCGCCCCCUUGACCAGGAGAGACGGUGGUUGGUCGUCUUGGAGAUGUGGUCUUCGGGAUCGACAGCAAACCAACAAGACUCAGCGCGCGCCAUCAGGCUUUCCCCCAGCAAUCCCCAUCCUGGUCAACAUGGACAAUUCAGCUGUUUUGCCACACCGCGCGCUCGGGACCUUGAGCUUCCAGCGUCUCGACUCAGGCUCUGACUUUGCUUUCGCUUGCGCUGACUCUCAAAGCCUCAUCUCAUCGCGAUUGCCCCGACCCAAGUUCAGCCAUUUCGACCCUGUUUGCGUUCACUUACCCACUUCAGAGACUGUUGUUCGCCGGGGCCUCCAGAGCGGAUACCUAAAGAGGAGACAGCAAGAGGGUCCUCUAGCUUCUCUUGAGUUGCCUCUUUGUUACUUCGCCUCCUCCUUUCCCCUCCAACAUGACCUCCUACGUUCGUCUCGAUGGUACUUUGCGAUGUUGGCUCUGCCAUCAACAUGGGACCUCCAGUCAUGUGGCCGGGGUGCCAUCCAAUACCCGAAUUUGGUAUCACUCGUUUUCUAUCCACCAGCUGCUCCAACAGACAACCAUUCAUCCCAACCAUUCAGCCCACGAGCUCCAGAAAAUGCUAUAUCCACAUUCACCAAGUCGUGUCCGAGCAUACAGGAUCUGUGCUCUCAAAGCUCGCUUUUGGUUACGUGACAAGAAUUCCACCGCAGUCGCGAAUCUAUUCCCUGUCGAGGCUUUUCUCCGUCAUCCUGUGUUCCCAUCCCUCCACUCUCGUGGAAUACUCUUGACGAUCAACAUCUUCGUCCUGUCCUUCUUCCAGCCACAUCUGUAACCUCCGCUGCAGUCCAUUUCUUUUCUAUGCCACAUGAUAUGCAAGUGUGACCUCUUCCAACGUCUUUUCCCUCAUUUUUCCCUUGUACCUCUCCUUCGAACCAAUCACGUCACCAACAAAAUAUCGUCAUUGCUUGCUUGCUUGCUUGCUUGCUUCACUGCCUGUUGUCCCUGGACCUUGCACGUUAAAGGGCUUACGGUUGCACGAGGUUGCUUCACCUCAAGUUCUGUUUCUUCCAUCCCGACCCUGAGCAGCAAGCGGCACUCAUACCGCAAUCCUCCCACUUGCCGACUUCUGUCCUUGUUCUCAAAUCGUUGACGUCGAACCAUGGGCGCUGUAACUGCCUUUCUCGUAGCUCUGCUAGCUACUGCUGCGGUCGGCUCUCCUUUGAACAAACGGCAGUUCUCAUAUGGGUCGACUCCGGUUCGUGGUGUAAAUAUCGGUGGCUGGCUAGUCCUCGAACCCUGGAUCACACCAUCGAUAUUCCAACAAUUCGGAGGCAGUGUGGUCGAUGAGUAUACAUUGUGUCAACAAGCGCCAAAUGCUGGCGACAUUCUUCGCAGUCACUGGGACAGCUGGGUCUCUUUGGGCGACUUUCAGAAGAUCGCAGCAAAUGGCUUCAACUCAGUGCGGAUCCCGAUAGGAUACUGGGCGUUUCAGAAGUAUGAAGGUGAUCCGUACAUCCAGGGAGCGGCGGACUACCUCGAGACAGCCAUUGGCUGGGCUCGUCAGACUGGCCUCAAGGUUUGGAUCGACCUUCAUGGUGCGCCUCUCUCUCAAAACGGGCAGGAUAAUUCAGGCCAACGAACCUCUACGCCCGGCUGGACAACAGGCGAUUCGAUUGACGCAACGCUCAACGUCAUCAGACAGAUAUCUCAGCAAUAUGCAAGUCCAGCGUAUGCCGACGUCAUAUCAGGCAUCGAACUCCUCAACGAACCUUUGAUGAGCAAUCUGCCCGGCGGACGGGGCGCCACGCAAGGCUACUACCAGUCAGGCUUCGGUGUCGUUCGACAGUCAGGCCAGGCACCGGUGAUCAUCCACGACGGAUUCGUCGCUCCGUCUUCCUGGAACGGGGUAUUGACGGGCCAGGGGAGUGCCGGGGCCAUUGUCGAUCACCAUGAGUACCAAGUCUUCACCGACGACGGGGUGGCCAUGACUCCCGAGCAGCACGUCGACUACGUCUACUCGCACGCCGGCUCGUGGGCGCAGGGCCAGGACAAGUUCGUCAUCUGCGGCGAGUGGACGGCCGCCAUGACUGACUGCGCGCCGGCCAUCAACGGCUACGGCGUCGGGGCGCGCUACGACGGCACAUACUCCCAGCGCAACUCGGACGGCAGCUACAGCAGCUCCGCCUACGUCGGCUCCUGCGCCAACAUCAACUUCAUCGACCAAUGGAGCGACUACAACAAGACCACCACCACCAACUACAUCAAAGCUCAGCUGGACCUCUACGAGAGCCAGAUCCAGGGCUGGUUCUUCUGGAACUUCAAGACCGAGGCCGCCGCCGAGUGGGAUCUCUUCAGGCUGAUUGAUUAUGGCGUGUGGCCUGCGCUCAGCUGAAGAGAUUGUUGAUACCUGGCCGGGCGGAAACGAGUUGUCCCAUUGUCGACAAUGUAUCGACAAGACACCAAGAGAACCGACACACGAAUCCAGCCUUGUUGUGACAAUUUCCCGCUCCUCGACAAAACCAAAAAAAAGCCAACUUAUUCUACGUUACACCCGUCGGCUACAUGGCUCGAUGCACACACACCCUUCCACAUCAUAUUAUACCCAUAUACACCCACCCCAGCCAUGAGAUAGACACCCUCUCGAAUUCCUACGGCAAUCCGCAAAUUUUUACCAUUACUCGUUGCCAUCACGACCCACACGGCCAACACCACCGCUGGUACCGCUGGGUACCGCUGGCCCUGGCGGUUUCUGCUUUACCUACCCCAUAUCAUAUAAUUAACGACGCAACGAAUAAGAUCUUGGGCUGUUUUUUUUUUUCAUCCCCUUUAAUGCAUACCCAUCUCCUCCCGGGACGGUCGAAAUGCGAUCCAUCCAUCCAUCCCUCCAUCCCUCCAUCCUUGUACGUAUGUCAUACCCCGUGUAGGUAGGACAAAAGGGAGUGAGAGCUCGCUCGCUCUCGCUCGCUCCCUUCCUCAUAACGAAAACAGGGGACGCGGGUUUCCGAGUGUGCUUGUCAUGUGCCCUCGUACCUCAGGGAAGUCCGCAGAUCACAGGGUAAUGACCUCGGGAGGGAGAACCAACGGGAGAUAAUAAGAAAAGUGUAUGAGCGGCGGGAAAUGCACGGUGUUGCCGUGUCCGAAGUAUCCGUGGUAUCUCACAUAUUAGACCAUGGCACAUCAUAUCACAUCGCAUCACAUCACAUCACACACCGCGACGGACGAUCCGGCUUCGUCUCGUGCCGUCUCAUAUUCCAUCAUAU